AUGUCGGCUCCAUCCACUACUCUUCCUGCAAUCUUUCUUGCGCAUGGCUCUCCAGGCCUUAUCUGGCCAAAGGAAAUACCUAGAAGACCUCCAGCUCCCGGUGAAGUUGGUGGUCCGUUGGGUCCUCAUCGCAAGUUUCUUGAAACUUAUGGCCCUCAUAUUCUUGAAAAGUACCAACCCAAAGCAAUCGUUGUGUUUUCUGCUCAUUGGGAAACCAAGGAUGCUAUCCAGGUCAUGGAUAAUGAAGAGAAUGAGCUUCUGUACGAUUACUACAAUUUUCCUGAGCAAUUGUAUAAUUUGCAUUUCAAAUCAAAAGGGUCUUCCAAGAUAUCUUCCAGAGUAGUGGAGCUGCUUACCAAAAAUGGCAUCAAGGCUGAAAAACUACACAAUGGACGAGGUCUUGACCAUGGUGUCUUUGUACCUUUUUUACUCAUGUUUCCCAACGAUUUCAAUAUCCCAAUUAUUGAAGUUUCAAUCGAUGCCAGCUUGGAUCCAGAGAAACAUCUGGAUAUUGGCAAGGCACUGGCUCCCUUACGGGAUGAGAAUGUUUUGAUUAUUUCUGGUGGUUUGACCAUCCAUACAUUUCAAGAUGGUGAUGCAUGGAACCCGCUUACAGCCUCUCCAGGCUACCUUGAUUUUGAGAAUCAAAUCAAAUCUGGUGUGACACAUGCUGCUUUUGAGCGCAAUGAAAAGUUACUCAAAGUCACAACUCACCCCUUUUACCGAAAGGCACAUCCUCGUGUGGAGCAUUUUAUUCCAAUUUAUAUUGCUGCCGGCGCGGGAUCUCGAGAAGGGGAUAAAGCAAGUGUUGUUUCUGAUUUGCAUGGUGCAAUCACCAUCGAGUUUGGAGUCUAG